UGCAAGUCGCGUGAGAAUCUGAUCUGCCUGCCACCUGGAGACUCAAAUGCGCCUUUUUAAAGAAUAGCAAUACUCUGAUAUACAUUUUAAAAUUCGAUCCACUACGAGUGACUUCUUAAUUCUGUUUCAGAAGAAAUGGCACAUAGGAAAGCAGGGAAUCUAAUCACUGACUACAAUGCAACGUAUAUACCACCAGCACUUAUGCCAGGGUACCGUGGCCAUGUACCAACUACCACACUUCUAUAUGGUGACACGUAUGGGAACACAACAAAAAAAUACUUUCAGGAUUUUCGCUCAACAGUGCUAGAAACAAGUCAGAGUCCAUACAGCAAUGGGGGCCAGUUUCCAACAGUUCAGUCUUUCAACCCAUCUCUGAUGGUUGCUCAUAGAUCUCGGGAAAGGGACAGAUUAAUUUAUACUCCACAGUGGUCUAAGAACAACAUUGAUUCCAGCCGGCAGCAAGAACUUGAAGAAUUUCACAAGCUUUCACAGAAACACAGAGAAAAUUACAAUGACAAAAGUGGAACUGUGCCAGAAGUAGGAUACUUCAUACUUCCUGAUUAAAAUGGAAUUCUCCAGUGUUUAUGAAAAUCUACUGCAGUAAGUCUGUCAAUAAUAAUGACUAUGUGGAUAACGCUAGCCACAAGAAGAAGAUUCUUAAAGGAAACAGCCGUCAAUGUAUAACUGUUACAACGACAAUGUUCAGCCUUUCUCAUACCACUUCAUUUUUCUUUUGCUUGUCUGACAUUGGGAACUUAUUUUAAAUUAAAAUAUAAAUUUGUGUAC